AUGCAAAUCACUGGGAUGAGCGCCAUCAUGGAGAGCAAACCGUUCAAGCCUGAUGACUUCAUCAAGCAGGAACCCUACAUAAAGGAGGAAUACGGUGGCGGCGAGAUACUGUCACAACAAAUCAUGCAUUGCCAACCGAACAUGCAGCAAACGCUCAGUUGGGAUAAUUUGCCCUUUGGCUCCAUGAAGUACCAGGUGUCAAAACAGAGUGCAACGCCGUACACUGAUGCGACCAAUUGUAAGAAGUCAAGCAAUCACAUCAAGCGUCCGAUGAACGCUUUCAUGGUGUGGUCGCAAUUGGAACGACGUAAAAUCUGUGAACAUCAACCAGAUAUGCACAACGCUGAAAUUAGUAAACAACUCGGUUCUCGAUGGAGACAGCUUACUGAAGAGGAGAAAUCGCCGUUCGUUGCCGAAGCGGAACGUCUUCGCUUAAUGCAUAUGCAGGAGUACCCCGACUACAAAUACAAACCACGCAAGAAGCCGAAGAAGAACCCUGACGGAACCCUGCAGAAUCCGAACGCCGCCAAUGGACCGGCUUCUCCGAGGAGUAAGCCCUUGAAGAGACCUUUACCACACGUGGCAAGCAUCGGCAUGUCCAUUUCGGACCAGCAGUAUCCCCUCGGAAAAUCCUUAAAAAUCGAUCAUGACGGGGUGCGGGUGAACGCCGGGAUGAUGCCAUACAUGACGAUGAUCCCGGACGAUAUCAAGAGCCCACAACACGUGAAGCAGGAAACGCGCCUCUUCCAUCCGUCGUUCCCAUCACCAUCCGAGUUCGGCCAAGCUCCCCUGACACCAGAGUCCGGCUUCUACGACGACUACUAUGGUCCAGGAGGUGCUUACGCGAAUUCGACUACCGCUAGCCCACCUAACCAACUUCUUAUGCCUAUGCACAGACUGCAAGCGAUGGAGGGUGGAAUGAUGGCACAAUUUUCUGGCCAACAACAGCCACCGUCUCAACAGCAGCAACAGCCACAGCAACGGCAGCAGCAGUUUUUCGUGCAAACUUCCCCGAGUGCGCAUAACCCUCAAGAGCAGGACGAUCUACGUUCGCUGUCAUCAGGCUCAUCAGGCUACGGUUCUGUUCAAACCGAAUGCGAGCAGCAGCAGCAGCAGCAGCAGCCAGCUUUCGCGGCCAACGCACCGCAGCCUGCCGCUUCGGUACCGCAGUCGCAACAGUCGCAGUUCGGUGCGUCCGAGGCCGAACUGCUGCCGUCCAUCUACGACUUUAACUUCACCGCGGCCGUGAAUGCGUCGAACGGAUGGAACGAGAUGUGGCAGAAUCAUCUGGCGAACGGACAUGCGUUCGAUCACAUCCCCAUCUAG